AUGGACAGAAUUCGAACGAAUAUAGUUUGUCACUGUCUCCUGCUCGUCGUUUGCAUCUCCCACGCCUCGACAAACGAUAAUCGUCAUAGAGUAGGCCGAUCUACGGAGGCGAGCGAGUCAGAGAAAAAUUCUGAAGCCUUUACAGCUCUGCAAACGUACAGAUAUCCAAGGGCGUAUCGACGUGGUUAUCAAGAUGACGAUUACGGGGACGAUCAUCACGACGAUCACCACGACCACGAAAUAAUAAAAGAAGAGAACAAAGAAAUGAAGGCCAUGUCGGAGCCGAAAGUCGACUAUUGGGGGGGCUACUACGACUUCCUCAUAAACGAGGGUAGUUACAAAUUUUGGGCGGUCUUUCAGCUUGCCACGGCGGCCCUCCUUAUAUACAGCGGUUUCGCCGCGCUUUAUUACGCAAAGGUGAAUCCUCCGACCACCGACGACGAAUUCGACGACAUAUUCCGUCGUCGACGAAGACGAUCGUUGUUCGUUAAGCCCCAGGAGAAGCCAUUUUGCGGUUUGGACAGCGUCACGUUUCAAAGGAUACUCGACGCAGUCGCCAAAGAAAUUCAUUGA